CAAGUUGUGGCGGCUCUGAUUAUCCUGCUGGGCUGUUGUUCCCCUCCUGUGGCUACCCAAUCGGAUAAAUCCGGCAAAAAUAUUGCACAGCUGGCUUUCGAAGUUGCACAACAAGCUGUGAAUAAUGCGGCUGCGAUCGCACUUAGACCAUUCACGUUCUUGAAAACAAAUCCUAAAUUGAUAAAGGACGAAGUUUCUAAACAGUCAAUGUCUCCACCACAAUCACCCACUAAGCGACCCUGGUUCCGUUUCACUUUUCCGCCGCUGCGGCCCAUAUUUAGUCAAAAUACGGCCGUGCUUACACCGGCUUUUACGAAGGUCGACGACAUGCUGAUACAACGAACCCGUUCAUUCUGGCGUUGCGAUAAAAUUCUCUGUCCCGUCGCCACAACGGAAUAUUGCCAAACCAUGAAGGUAACAAGUCAAAAGAAGAAGAAUUAUUAUGAACGUCGCAAUACCUGUUUUGGCAAAAAUAAGAAAGUGCUUCUUAGUAAAAGCGUAUUAGAAAAAGGCAGGCCAUACGAACAGAUCCACAUAAUAGCGGAACUCCAUCGGAAUGGCAUUUCCAAUACACAAAAUGUGCGGAACAUAAAAUAUUAGCUAAUUAAACCAAAAUGAUGGUUAUACACACAAUAAUAUAUAUUUAUCAGCUAUAUAAUAGUAUAUAUGUUUGUUAAUAAAUAGACCACUCGCAAAAGGC